AUGUGGAAACGAACUGAUAAAUUUCUAGUCAGCUGGCUCUUAGUAUCAAUUUCUGAAAGUAUGUUUGGAUUUGUAUCAAAGUGUAGGAAUUCCACUGAAACAUGGUUUCCCUUAGAGAAUGAAUUCAUUACUAACUCAAAGGCUAGAGUGUUACAUUUUAAGAAUCUUCUUCAAACUACGGAAAAAGAUAAUCUAAGUGUAGGUGAUUAUGUUAAGAAAAUGAAAGAAAUUGCUGAGAAAUUGUCAGCUAGUGGAAUGGUAAUUGCUGAUGAGGAUCUUUUACAAUAUGUUCUUGAUAGGCUAGGACCUGAAUUUGAUGCUAUGGUAGUGAAUUUAACAUCACGCAUUGGGUCAAAGUUCGAUUCUUUCAGACUACAAGAGGCCCAAUUUUUACUGCAGAAGUAUGAAAUAAGACUUGAAAAAUUCAAUGCAAUAGAUUUGUACAACUAUUCAGCACAUAUAGCCUCAACUGGUACUUUAAAUAGUUCACAUGGUUCCACUAGUGACAUAAAUCGUGUUUCCAAACCUGAGGUAGAAGGUUCACAAUCUGACUGA